UAUAAAAUGGCGCUAUCCUAUCUGUUCUUGUAAAUUUAAUAGAAUAGUUUACAUAUCUAUUUAUCAGUUAGUUGUAUGCAGUCAUAUUGGUUUGUUUAAACUCCCAAGUGCAGCUCUAAAUCAAAGUUUGAGGCAUAUGAAUUUUAAGCAAGAAGGAACUAGGACCGGUGGAUGAUUAUUUAAUUGAUCGAAGAAAACGUAAAAGAAACCUUUAGUGUCAGAAAAAUGUUCCAAAUCAUUAACACACGUUUAACAACAUAUUCACUGAUAUAUUGCUAUCUAUUGCAGACUUUGCAAGCAAGCAGUGACUCAUGUGAUGUAUCAAGAACAACGGUACAAACUGUUGAAGAUUGUCCAAGAAGUGAGGAGAGAUGGAGGGAGGCAGCAGCAAGGAAAAACUGUGCAUCAUAUGCUAGCCAAUGCAGUGAUCCCGAGAAGCUCGAGUAUCACUGCGUCAUCAACCCGUUUCUCAACCAGACACUAGAAGUAUGCGCAUAUGCACAAAAUAUUGUGUUAGGUUUCUGUGUGGAAUACAGUGUCAGUGGAAAUAUGAUUCAAGAAAGCGCAAAUACAUAUUGUCCAGGUUUUAAAAAGAAUCCAUGCCCAAUUUUUUAUCGCUCCUCGGAGGCCUACAAAUAUCCAGGUUGCUAUAAUUUGACUAAAAAAGCAUUAAUAGUAACAGAGGACGGGAAGUCAAGUGUAAAGUCAACCACUGUCAUAUACCAAGCAGGUGAUUUGUCUACAAAACAUCAUGUGUAA